UAUUAGUCCAAAUAAAAGUUGUUACACGAUAAAAAAACGAAGGAAUUUUUUUAAUUUGUCAGAUGUAAGGAUCACCGUGAGCGAGGGUUGAAACCUGCCAGGUGUUGAUGAACACGGAGCAGGAAGAGCUCGGAUUAGGGUUUCAGAAAUAUAAGUAUGGUUUAAUCCUAUUCUCAAAUAUGGAUUGGGUGGACAAUGGUUGUAGAGCUGCAUAAUCUGGUUUAAGGGACACCUGGAGGAACAUUCAUCCAAUGACAUCAUGAGAAAUGUGCCCACACAGGCCCCCCUGACCACACUGCAACCUUGGAUCAAAUUAUCUGAAUAUCGAAUCUAAAGCAAGUACGAAACUCACCCCGUGAAUACCGCCGCAGUGCCCGGUGUUGGAAAGAGAAGGAUCGGAGGAGCGCACACAACCUUUACUCAGAGAAAACUCAGUCUUAGUCCCAAAGAUAGAAACACAGGUGUACACUUAAGAUAUAGGUCUUAGAAGUUGAAAACUAAGGAUAGUAUCCGGGAUGACCCAAGAACUUCUCCAGGUGUGAGAUUAAACUGUUCUCUACCAUGAAGGGAUUUAUACUCCUUCUCUCCGUCCUCGUUGUGGAGAUCAACGGGUCCCUGGUGGAGUCCCACGCCUUUUCCAAGGACCUGCAGAGAGCUGUUCGUCAUAAUGAUUUUGUGAUAGUGAUUGAAGGGGUUCGGAGACGAAUGAUCGGGAUUCCUAGUCCUGAUCCUCUUCUCCUUAUAAACUUUCCCGAUCUUGAUAAUCAGUUUAAAGUUCAUUUAUUAGAAGAUACAGGAACCAUCAAAUUAACUCUAGUUCAUCCUGACGGGGUCUGGUGCGAGGAUAUAAACCUGGGAUCAGAGCUACAACUUCUUAAGAACCAGAACAAGGACGAUCAUCUCGUGAUCGCGUUUGAUCAGUCUGGACAUGGAGGGAGCAAGGUUACAGUUUUCUUCUCCUGUAUUGGGAAAGGACAGGUCAGGAUGCCGUUCUCACUGAGGCAGCUAAAGCAGAAGAUGAAACACAGCAAGUUGAAAAUGUAUCAUCCCAGAGAUGUAGCAAUCAGUAUACAGAACCAGAAAUCAGCAAACUCAGUUCUUGUGGAUUUAAAUUGUCAACUUGAGAAAAUGCAGGUUCAGAAUAAGAUUUUUCAUCAGAACACAUUAUACGCUUAG